AUGAGGCAGAUCUCUCUCCCCAGGAGUUUUUUGAAACGUUUAUCAUCCCCCCCCACUAUCCUUCCAUCCAACUCGGACCUACCGGAGUUUACCCGUCGUCACUUCAAGAGACACGGUCACCUCGACGUCCAGUCCCAGAUUGACCACGCCCUUGCCGACAAUACAUCAGAUCGUCUUUGUCAUCGCCGUCAGUAUCGGCAUACCCCGAUCGUCCCUCGUCGCAAGGCCCUCCUACCAUCUGUGCCCCCCAGUCAGCCACUCGACAGACCGCUCGCUGCACGUCUCACCACACCCCCACCAGUUUUUGUCCCCUCAAUCCCUACGGUCCCUCUUCAGUACCGUAUCACUGCACCAUCUCUUCCCUCCUUCGCACGUCGUGAUCCCGUCGACCUCCUCGCUAUCAUCAGCUCAAAGGUCAACACCGUCAUCAAAAGACUGCAAGCCAUCUUCGAUCGCAAGGAUCAGUUGCUUGACACCCCCCACGAUCAUCGGCUCGCCCUUCAGCGCAUCGGUGACAGACUCGAGUGGAUACUCGACAACAUCGAAAAUGGCUCUUCGUGGACACGCAGUCAGCAGCAAAACAUCGACUGGUUUUGCAAGGAGUUUGGAAAGGUCAAGUUCAGUGGACUUGGACAGAACUUCGAGCGUGUUGUCAAAGCUCUAGUCGAGCUAGAACGCUCUCGUUACGCCCCUCUGGCAGAGGACGACUUUGAGUCGGAAGAUCCAGGGCCACACACUCACCCGGCUCCAUCACUGGCACACACCCGCCCGGCUUCACCCACUGCCACGCUCCAAGCGUGCCCGGAAAUUCAAUGGAUCUACGCUGGUGUUGAGCACGACUCGUUGGAAAAUGCUAUCCGCGCCUCGGCAAAUAGUUUAGGCAUCACCAACCCAGCUUACGUCGACUGGACUAUCUCUGUGACAAGGGAUAUCACCCGGCGGGAAAUAGUUAACGUUUACAACGUCUUCGGCAGCAAGAUAUAUGAACAUCGGAACAACUUCCUCAAUGAGAUCGACACCACCCACGCCACCUUCAAAGAGUUGGACACGUCUAUGACAGGCCUUCACACCAAGGCUGACACUGCUGGGAACCUCGCUCUUAAAGCCGUUGAAGAGAACAAACAGCUGAGGGCGGAACUGGUCACUGUCCAUGCAGAUCUGGAAGUUCUCAACCGGAACAACACGGAGCUCGUCAAACGGUAUAAGGAACUCGCGGCCAAGUUUACACAGUUGGAGCAAGGCCUAUCAACCCGCACCACGCUUGGUACCAGUACCGCACCGGCCCCUGUCGUAUCACAGGCCUCGCGUAUCAAGGCAUCAGAACCACCCAAGUACAAGGGCAACAAAGGCUCGGACAUCACUCUCGAACAAUGGUUGCAGAAGAUGGGUCUUUGGUUCCGCGUUCAGAACAUCACCACGGACGACGACAAGAUUACCCUGGCCCUCAUGUACUUGGAAGGCGGUGCGCACGAUUACGUCGAAGACUAU